AUGAAUCCGCAACACAGCCAGCAUCAACGCCAAAACUCUAUUGGCUCUGCCUAUCCACAGCCUCCUCAGAUGAAUCCUUCGGCAUCGGCUCCCUUUUACCAGCAGCAGCAGCAGCAGCAGCAACGACAGCAGUUCCCACCGUACCAACAACAGCACCAAGAACAGCAGCAGCAACAGCAACAACAACAACAACAGCAAAUUAUGCACCCCCCCAUAUAUCCCAUGCUAUCGUUUAUGACCCAUGCCCCACCUCCACUGCAGCACCACCACGACCCUUCUAUGGCUCACCACCAGCCGAUGCAGCAGGCCCACAUGCAUCUUUUGCACUCGUUCUGGAUGAGACAGAUGCAUGAAAUCCAGAACGUGCCCCAGGACUUUAAAGUCCACCAUCUUCCUCUCGCCCGGAUCAAGAAGGUCAUGAAGACCGACGACGAUGUGAAAGCGAAAAUGAUCAGUGCGGAUGCUCCCAUGAUCUUUGAUAAGGGCUGCGACAUCUUCAUUACUGAACUCACCCUCCGCGCUUGGAUUCAUGCCGAAGAAAACAAGCGAAGAACGCUUCAGCGCAGCGACAUUGCAGCAGCGAUUGCAAAGACAGACAUGUUUGAUUUCCUGAUCGACAUUGUGCCACGUGAAGAGUACAAGAUGUCGUUGCCCAAGGAGCACAAGCCCCACCACGAUCUCACAGGACCAGAUCGUCGUCGAAGCCAGGAAAUCUUUCAACCACUCCCGGGACCCGCUGGUGCUACCGGUCCUCGACGACCCAACAACGGUGCCGGAAUCGGGGGAGGAAUGGACGCCAACAACAUGGCGCUGGAUAAUUACUCUUAUCCGUUUGGAAUCCUGGACCAAGGCGACUUUACUUUGGCCACGAAUGCGCCUGAGAUCAUGGAUCCAUACCAACAGAGCCAACAGAGCCAGCAGCAGCAGCAGUUGCAGGCUCAGUAUAUGGCCCGACAGUCGCAGCAGUUCCAGUAG